UUGUUUCAGGGAGAUGGCCACAUAAAAGAAUAUACUUGCGCAAGCUCUGGAUGUGAAUUAGGGGAUAACAGGGUUCCAUGUGGCUCAGCUAUUCCAACUACUGUCAAUAAAGGUGAGGCCUUGGAAGAGGUUUCCGACCAAGAGAUCAAGACCGAGAAUCACCGCCACUUGCACAGGGACUUUGCCUCCUAUUAUACGUUCAGACUAUCAAAAUGGUGGUCAGUGGUAUCUUUCGGAUUUGCGACAUUUUUUCUCAUGAGUGCUCCAGCUAUUCAUUAUCGUUACACUGGUUUCACUUCUAGUGAUCAUGAGGCGAGAAGUAUAGUUGAUUACAUAAAGUAA